AUGGACGAAGAGCCAUUGCAAUGUUGUGGCACCAGCAAUGCAGGCCCUUCAAAGCCCCCUCCAAAAGCUCAAGCUCGCGCUCGCUCCAAAAGCUUGGGAGAGCCCCGGAAUGUGCAACCAUAUCAGACCAAUUCUCCACCUUCAGCACCUCCCUCCCAUCUGCGCAAGAUCCCACGUCCACCAAAUGCCUUCAUUCUCUACCGCACCGAAAAGAUCAAAGAGCUCAAAAACAACAAGGGAGCAUCACUUGCAUCCGAUGUCGGUCUCGACAAACUCGAUCAUCAGCGUCAGCUAAGUAAGAUUGUUGGCCAACUCUGGCGAGACGAGACCCCUGAAAUCAAAGCUGCUUUUCAGGAGAGAGCGCGACAGGCGGCAUCAGAGCAUCGACAAAGGUUCCCGGAACAUCGCUUCAAGCCUACCCCUAGAAAAGCCUUCUCUUGCGCACCAGCGACAUGUGCUGCACUCCAGACGCCUGAGACGCACACCCAUACCGACUUUUCUCCAGGCGAUAUCCGAGGUCCUUUGUCCGGCUCUGGUUCUGGCAGUGGUCGUAAAAGAGCCUCGCUCGAGGGCGCAAAAUCCAAAACCUCCCCUUACUCAAAGCCUCAUCGUCGUACGUCGUUAGCAAGUCCUUCAUCUCCGACUGUGCAUCAAACAGCUCAUGAUACCGACCAUCAACGUGGCUCCGUGAAAACUGAUGCCGCACCCGACCCAGCAGCGUACUCAGCCGGUGCUACCCAGCUCACCCGCUCUGUAUCGCUCAGUACAACAAGACAGGCGCAGAUCACUGAUCAGCAGCGCGGGUCAGCGAGGCGAUCGCUCGAUGGAAUCACUUCGCAGUCUGCCGCGCCGACGCAUUCCUUCGACGCGCCAGUCCCUCAACAUCUUCGUGAGCACCACGUAUUUCUCGCUCCUCCUCCGGCACCGCCUCUUCCCAUUGGUCACGCUAUCACUACGAACCAUGUGGCCACAAAUCUCGAAGCUUAUGCGCAACAUCAUGAGCUGCCUAAGCCCAAGUGCAGUCUCUUUGACGCAGUAAGCAGUGCGCUGCCGCACGAGCGACGCGCCUUUCUACAAGCUUCUCUCGUUAUGAAAGGCUAUCCCUUCGCUGUCCCAGCCGAUGCUUCUGAGUCCACAGAACAGCGUACGCCUACCGUGUACCAAACCACUUCAAGUACUCCCAAGGCGGGACAGUCCACGACGCCAAUCGAGCCAUCGGAAUCCCAGGUGUUCUACACUACGGCAUUGAAAAGAACGCACACUUGGCACAGUCAAGGAGUCACCGAAACAACAUUUCACCAGAACACAGGCUCGGAAGCACCGCCAAUACCGCAAACAAGCAAAGCCAACCCCAGUCCAUUGGCGGUGGCUCCUCCUGCCGCAUCCAGUGUGAAUCUUUAUGUGGAUGCCACUGCUGCAGCUAGAUAUGGUGAUCUGGGCGAUUGGUCCCAGCCGGAACCUUGCUUCAAUACUUCUCAGUCUCAGAUCUCUUGUUACGAUGGCUCGAUGCCUCCGCCUUCCGCAUCUGGUGUCUACUACGGGCAAAACACCUCAGUCGAGACGUCGCUGCAGGCUCCAAGUGGUGUUUGGGACGACUUGGUGGCGUAUCUCCCGCAGCCGGAUUCAUUCAAUGCUAUCAAAGUCGCAUCCUAUCUACCAAUCGACUCCAACAUCCAUCCUUCGAAUUCUGCCUUUGUGACAUUGUCCGAGCCUGACGGCGCGAAUCAAGUACAGAGCAACUUCUUCGGAUUCGAUGGUCAGCUCAUGGCCCAAGAGAGUGUUGUCGGAGAGAGCACAGCGUUGGGCGCUGGCGUCGAUCCUGUCCAAGAAGAGUUACGUCAGAGAAGGGCAGUGGAGGAACUUCUGAAGCAGAUGAUGGCCCCCAAAACUCCGCUGAUUUCAACCUCGAAAUGCUCAUUGCACCCAGAACUGCAUGACGGGACAGUGUGUUUGUGUAGCAGCACGCAACAGCAGGUAGUCCUCGCCGAACAUCGAUCCGAUCGGCAGAGCUGGCCACAAAAGGCGAUCCAAGGGUUUAGUGAGUCCUCUCUAUUGGGGGAUGUCUCACAACCUAGCUUACAGCUUGGUGCCGAUGAUGAGGCCUGCAAUACUUGCUGCCAGCCAGAUCAGACCGAUCUGAAAGCAUUGUCUACAGCACCUGCCUCUACUGUCCAAGCGUUGGAUAAUCUGCUGACUGAAAGCCAGGUGUACGAUUACCUUACAUCUCCUACAACAAAGACCAACUUUAGUCGCCCGCUGCUCCUCUCUGCACAGCCUCAAGAGGGGCGAGAAUCCUUUUUCCUGAAGGGUCCAGUAUCUGCUCCUCCGAUCGAGCAGGGUCUAUCAACCGCCGAGGCAUCCAGGCUUGAUACAGCCCAGGAUUCCACGUUGGACCCUGCCGAUUCUGUGCAGACGCAAGGAGAGGAUGCAGUACAAAUGGCGACACUGUCAGGAGGAAGUCACCAGCAACGUAUUCAGCAAUCGCUGCGAAAUUGGAAGGCUCAGCGUCUGAAUUCUUUCAAAAGCAAACUUGCUCGCGCUAAGCACAGAAGCUCACCCUCCAGCUCAUCUCUUUCCGUCGAAAAGACGAAGAAUGAUCAGUAA